AUGAAGCCGUGCGGAAAAGAUGAGGCGGCGCCGGCCGCGGGCGACCCCUGGAAGGAGUGUUUCGAAGUGGCUGUGCAGCUGGCACUCAGGGCAGGACAGAUCAUCAAGAAGGCCCUGACCGAGGACAAAGAUGUCUCCACGAAAACAUCCGCUGCAGACCUUGUGACCGACACGGAUCACCUGGUGGAAAAUCUAAUUAUUUCUGAGCUGCGCACCCAGUUUCCUUCGCACAGGUUCAUUGCAGAAGAAUCUGCUGCUUCUGGCUCAAAGUGUGUGCUUACUGCCCACCCCACCUGGAUCAUUGACCCCAUCGAUGGGACCUGCAAUUUUGUGCACAGAUUCCCAACCGUGGCUGUCAGCAUCGGGUUUGCUGUGAACCAAGAGCUGGAAUUUGGAGUGAUCUACCACUGCACUGAGGAGCGGCUCUACACAGGCCAGCGUGGUCGGGGCGCUUUCUGUAAUGGCCAGCGGCUCUGGGCCUCCAGAGAGACAGAUCUCUCAAAGGCCUUAGUUUUAACAGAAAUUGGUCCCAAACGUGACCCUGCCACUCUGAAACUGUUCCUGAGUAACAUGGAGAGGCUACUCCACGCCAAAGCUCAUGGGGUCCGUGUGAUCGGGAGCUCUACUUUGGCCCUCUGCCACCUGGCUGCAGGUGCUGCAGAUGCCUACUACCAGUUUGGCUUGCACUGCUGGGACCUGGCUGCUGCCACAGUUAUCAUCCGAGAAGCCGGUGGGAUUGUGAUUGAUACAUCCGGUGGGCCUCUUGAUCUCAUGUCUUGCAGAGUGGUCGCUGCGGGCACCCGUGAAAUGGCCGUGCUCCUAGCUCAGUCCCUGCAGACUAUUCACUGUGGGAGGGACGAUGAGGAGUGACAAGGAGCCGACGACACAAAGAAAUGCCGAAACAAGGACGGGCCACCCUCUUGGACUCACGACGGACCCCGUCCUUGAACUGCUUGCUCUUGGUGUCAGAUAUUCGGCAUGUACUGCAUCGCCCCAAAGGGAGAUGUGCUGCGGCAUGUGGCCGUCUUUUUAAAUCCAUGGAUUUGGUGUAUGCCUGGUUUUUCUCUGUAAUCUCACUUAAACCUUUUCAGGUUGGUACAGGUUCUUCUGUGGGAGCCCAAACCUAGCUCUCGUAUGGCAUCCUAUUUAUGAUUCUGUCUUGAUUUUUUUCCGUGUAAAUCUCAGGUAAUAAAGCAUUAGCACUGCUAAUAAAGUGGUUUCGUUCUCAGGCUCACCCCCAUUGUCCUUAAGAACACAAUAAAUCAAUGUCA